AUGGAUCCUUUCACUACCUUCCCAUACACAGAUCACACGGAGCAUCUGUCAUAUUAUGAAGAAGACUACAUAGGCUGGAAUGAAAGCUGGAGGUUGCUGAAGCCUACUCAAGACUCACAGGUGACAAAAAUUGUCUCCCUGGCCAUCUACAGCAUCAUGUUGCUGCUGGGCAUCACAGGCAAUGGACUGGUCAUCUGUCUCACUGGCUUUGGCAUGAAGAAGACAGUCACCACCAUAUGGUAUCUCAACUUGGCUGUGGCCGACUUCCUCUUUACCAUUUGCCUCUCCUCUGAGAUCGCUUACACGGCCUUAGAUCGCUGGGUUCUGGGGAGGAUGUUGUGCAAACUUGACAGCGUGGUGUCCUUCCUCAACAUGUUUGCCAGUGUCUUCUUCUUGACCACCAUCAGUGUCGACCGCUGCAUUUCUGUGGUGCAUCCAGUCUGGGCCUUGAACCACCGCACACCCCAGGUGGCGUCCGUCAUGGCUGCAUUCAACUGGGCAGCAGCAUUCGUUCUCAGCUCCCCGUACUUUUCUUUCCGUGUCAUGGAAUACUUACCAGGUGACCUUGUUCAGUGCCGCUACAACUUCAUUUCCGAGGACAUCAGUGACCUAACAGACUGGCAUCCUACCAUGGUGAUGACUGAAUUUGUGGUUGGUUUCCUCAUCCCCUUCGUCACCAUCCUCGUCUGCUAUGGUUCCAUCAUCAUCAAGCUAAAGGGCAAGAUUUUUGGUCGAUUCAGCAGAUCCUUCAAGGUCAUCGUGGCAGUAGUCCUGGCCUUCUUCUGCUGCUGGUUCCCUUUCCAUCUCUUUGCCAUUCUCGACGUGCUGAAAAGUGACAGUCCUGAAAUGGAAGAAGUUCUCAUGACAGGUACGGAACUAUCGAAAGGCUUGGUCUGUCUGAACAGCUGCCUCAACCCUCUGUUGUAUGCCUUCCUUGGGACACGCUACAGAAAGACAAAUUGGCAAUCCUUCUUGUCAGGUCUCAAAGGAAAUUUUGACGAGAGAUGGGCUGUGAGCACUUUUCCCAGCCACAGAACCUCCAGCACCACAUCCGGAAUGGAAUCUGGCAUGCUUUGA